GACAGGCGGGCUUCGAGAUUCCCCUCGUCUUCAUACAUGCUGUUUUCCCGCUCGGGGUACGAGUUUAUAGUGCCUCGAGAUGUCGAUUGUCUUCUCCGCAUAUCAAACCACUUCUCCUUCUUUACUAAUAUCAGCCGUGAGGCUGUAUAUUGUGUGUUUGUUACACACGAACAAUUACAGUUCAUAUGGCACCAGUUAAGGACAAGAGAUUUCUGCCUGAGAUCUGGUCCUUAUACUCCAUUGGCGUUUUGUGGGUGGUGUUGCGAUUUGCAGUGCGGCUACGAACGGUCGGUCUACGUGGACUGCAGGUCGACGAUGGAUUUGCUUUCUUUUCCGUCCUGUGCUGGACCAUCAUCGUCGUCGGUAUACAUGUCACGUAUUUCACGGCUACGAAUAUCGACUAUUCAGCAAUGGAAGUGUGGGACCUUACGGAACAUCAGGUCGAGAUGGCAUCGUUUGGUUCCAAGCUCUAUAUAAUUACUUUGUACGCAUAUAUCGCCAUGAUAUUCAGCCUCAAAGCAGUCGUCAUCAUCCUUUAUGAGCGUCUAGCCUUCGGAGCAUGGCAGAAAAAAUUACUGAAAUUCACAAUCGCGAUAUGCAUUGUUGGGUUUGUGUCGACGACCUUGAUGCUGAGUCUGAUGUGUCUACCGUUCGAAGAGAGGUUCCGAGUCCGACCGCUCCCCGCCAACGUCUGUACAGCAUCGUCGACUUUCUUCAUCGCGCUCAGCUGCUUCAACGCCUUUACGGACGCCCUUCUUCUCACCGUACCACUUCCGAUGCUCUGGACCCUACGAAUACCACUGGGUCGACGUAUAGGAGUGUUUCUGCUGCUGUCAUCAGGCAUCUUCGUCAUGUCUGCUUGCAUCAUUCGCGUCUCUCUGACUGUUGUGCCGAACAUCACCGUUCGCAUCAUUGCCCGCUGGGGGGCUCGGGAACUGGCCAUCGCUCUUGUUGCCGUCAAUAGUGCAAGUCUUCGACCGAACCUUCUGGUCAUCAGAAAGAGCCCUCGCCGAGCGACGGAAAUCUAGUCCUCGCAAUCUUUACGUUUUCGGAUCCUUACACCGUGUCCACAAAAGGUUCAACAGCCGUCUCCCUCUCCAUUCGACAACAGCUGGCGACUCCACCA